CGCGCCACCGCCCGAUGGCAGCGGCGGUCCGCUGGCAGCCCUGCCCUCUGAAUAGUCCCGUUCCGACGAGUGCCCGCCUGCGAGUGUGACAGAGAAGCCAAGCUGAGACGAAGCCGUCGUUAGCCGCGCCCAGUGCUGUGAAACUGCCCCUGAAGCUGCCAUCGCUCCUGCUCCCAGCGGGAUGGCUUUGAGCUGGACAUCGCCCCUCAGGGUCAGGGCACCAAGGAGGUCAUGUUGUUCUGGGUCCAGUGCCGGCUGAGGGACUACAAGACAGUGAAGGUGGAGAACUUCUCCACCAGCUGGAGCGAUGGCAUCGCGUUCUGCGCGCUCAUUCAUCACUUCUUCCCGGACGCCUUCGACUUCAGCAAGCUGGAUCCUAGAAAUCGGCGCUACAACUUCGACUUGGCCUUCAGAACCGCCGACGAGAGAGCCGGCAUCUUCCCUCUGUUGGAGCCCGACGACAUGGUGGCCAUGGAGAAGCCCGACUGGAAGAGCGUCUUCGCCUACAUCCAGUCCAUCUACAGCGUGCUGAAGUGAGGGGGCCCCGCCGCGCCACCACCCGAUGGCAGCGGCGGUCCGCUGGCAGCCCUGCCCUCUGAAUAGUCCCGUUCCGACGAGUGCCCGCCUGCGAGUGUGACAGAGAAGCCAAGCUGAGACGAAGCCGUCGUUAGCCGCGCCCAGUGCUGUGAAACUGCCCCUGAAGCUGCCAUCGCUCCUGCUCCCAGCGGUGGGUGACGGUGGCGCAUAUGACCCGCUUCUUGACCGUGAUGCUGCUUCGCUGAUGCAGUACCUCCAGAGUAAGAACAGCAUGCGUGCCCCAAGCGUGCCGUUCUUUCGCACCGUGUACAAAGUUGUUGGACGCGCGAAAGACGCAUAUGUGGAUGGAAGCUCUCGAUGUAUGUUUGCUUUAACUAACGUCGCUACCCGAACGUGGCUGCAGCCGGAGGUGGAACCUCCUUUAACUUAUUGCUAUGGGUAUCCACAGUGCUAUAACAGUGUUUUACGUCAUUUUAUCCCACACAACGGUCCUAAAUCCCUUGUUAAAGCCAAUAGACGUGGAGGUACACAAGCCCGUCCAUGGCACAGCGAGCCCCACACACGACUCCGGUACACACAAGCGGCCAAGGAGGCCGGCGAGAGCGGUCAGGGAGGCCGGCGAGAGCGGUCUGUGGUGCCGGUGCCGCGGCGGCCACACAUAUUCACGGAGAUAGGCGCAGCUGUCGCCCGCAGCUGGCGCAGAGCUCCCGCCAGCUGUGGUGUGCUCGUCGGACCGCCGACGGCCGCGUCGUUCCGCCAGCAUCUGCCUACUCCGCAUCACCCGAGGACUGCGUCGAUCCGCGCGAUCCCAUAGCUGGGAUCUGCUGAUCUGCCGGGUACCGUCCAGGAGGCGACGCCACAGGCUGUCGGUUCAUUCACUAAAUGCUCUCGGGUUAUGUGGUGGUAGGUAUGCUUGAGUACUUCGGGAAAUUGGCACAAAUUCACGAAAGGGUCUGCUGCAUAUCGCCUGAAUUUCUGCCGCAUCCAGCCUGUCAUACGAAUGGCUGCCUCGCUUUUAUAACCAAUCAAUAAAUGGCCAGCUGAGUACGGUGCUUUGGAAACGCUGAACGUGCGAAGGAUCCCGAGAAAUUGCAAUGGGUCAGACAACACGCAUAUCAUUGUUUGGUUUUCGUUCUAGGUACUUAGGUAUGCACGGUAUACAAACCACUGAUGCACACCCGUUGCUGCGACAGUGUGCAUACAACUGCGGGUCACUUGCCGACAAAGCAGCUGCAGGCCAAGUCCUCCGGAACGAGCGGCUCUUAUCUUAACUUAAUUUAUAUCAUCGCUCUUAACUUAUCGCUCAAUAACCGCAUGACAUCAUUUUGCA